AUGAGACCCCACAGAGACAGGAAGCGGCCUCGUUACGCCGAAAGCCCAGAGAGCCCAGACAGCCCAAACGCAGCAUUCGUCGACGACUCAGAGAGUGAAAUGGCAUCGGCCGAACCGCAGCGGAAGCGGACCCGCUAUACUGACGAGCCUCAUCAACAGCAACUGAGCUAUCACUUUGGCAGCGGCGGCGGCAUAUCUCUUGCUCUGCCUCAACCCGCCGCUACACCACCGCCACCUCCUCCUGUAGCUGCAUCUUUCCUUGCUUCUGGCAGCCCGCCCUCGGUUCUUCAGCAGACACCUGCUCCCCGAGCCCGUCGUCCAUCCAACCCUCUCCACCGCGUCGGCGGCAGCUACACGCUCGAGACGGCCGGACUCUCGCUGCCAACCAACCUCACGCCCAACGAGGCAAGCCGCCGCCAGACCGAGAUCGAACGCGAGCUCGCCUUCCAGGCCGCCAACCCACCAGCUCUACCGGCUUCGACCAUCGCCGACCUGCCGCCCAAGCCGGCGACCGAGGACUGGGUCAUGUUCCCGGAAGACCCCAUCUCCGACGAGCAGCGGCGCGCCAUCGAGGCGGAGAACAACCGCAUCGCCGCCACUAACCAGCGCAUCGAGCGCGAGCGCAACAACCAGGCCGCCAAGAAAUCCCGCCAGAAGCGCCUCGAGGCGCUGGACAACACCCGCCUAAUCCUCAACGACCGCGCCGCCGAGUGCGACUGGUGGCGUAUGCGGGCCAUGGCCCUAGGCGCCACGGCGAGCGACUGGGAUUUGUUGCCCAGGCAGAUCAAGAAGAGCAUGGUCAAGGUCAUCGAGGAGCGCGUUGCCGUCGUGGAUCAGCGGAACGAGGAAAUCAGGAAGCAGGACGAGGCGCGGAAGCGACUUGAGCGAACCAGGGCGCGUACGGCACGAAAGGAAGGCCGAGAUGCUGCGUCCCCAGCGGCAGAAAUCUAA